CUUAAUCUUUCCUCUCCUAAACAUCAAUCAAUAGAGAGAAAGUUAAGCCAAAAAAAAAAGAAUGGCCUUCUCUAAAACUAUUGCUUUCUUGGUUUCCUUGGCCUGCCUCUUCUCCUACUCGGAGGCCGGCCGACAUAUAUUAUCACAAUCAAGUACAUCUCUAGUCUUCCAAGUCUGCUCAAACACGACUGACCCGAAAUACUGCAAACACGCUCUCUUUUCCGACCCACGGGCCUCUUCUGCCGACUCUGUGGUCCUUGCCUACAUAGCCAACGGCCUCGCUUACGCCAAAGCCCAAAACAACUCGGAUCUGAUCCAGACGAGACUCAACAGUGGGGGAAAUAACGAGAAGCCCAACAUUCUGGCGGGCUUCAAGGCCUGCCAUGAAAGCUACACUAAGGCGGGCCGGGCCAUGAUGGAGGUGCUCGGAAACCUCGACUCCGAGACGUACUGCGGUUUCGACCAGCUGGCGGCCAUGGCUGAGAACGAGAUUAAGGCAUGCGAGAAUGGGUUCGGCCAGACUCCAUCCGCCAUGGCCAAGGAGAAUGGGGACAUGCUCAAGCUCAUUAACAUUUGUUCAGUUGUGGCUGCCCUUUUUUCCUAUUCUAAUUAGGAACUCGCUUGCUUUCUGCUUGCUGCUUAAUUCAUAUAUUUAUGCAUGUGUGUAUGUUUAUAUGAAAUUUAUGAUUAAUUUGCCUAUAUAUGUUUAUAGCCUGUCUCUUCUCCUACUCGGAGGCCGGCCGACCAAUAUUAUCAGAAUCGAGUACAUCGCUAGUCGUCCAAGUCUGCUCAAACACUACCGACCCGAAAUACUGCAAACAUGCCCUCUUUUCCGACCCACGGGCCUCGUCUGCCGACUCUGUGGUCCUUGCCUACAUAGCCAACGGCCUCGCUUACGCCAAAGCCCAAAACAUCUCGGAUCUGAUCCAGACGAGACUCAACAGUGGGGGGAACGAGAAGCCCUACAUCUUGGCGGGCUUCAAGGCCUGCCAAGAAAGCUACACAAAGGCGGGCCGGGCCAUGAUGGAAGUGCUCGGAAACCUCGACUCCGAGACGUACUGCGGUUUCGACACGCUGGCCGCCACCGCCGAGAACGAGAUUAAUGCGUGCGAGAAUGGGUUCGGUCAGAGUCCGUCCCCCAUGGCCAAGGAGAAUAGGGACAUGCUCAAGCUCGUUAACAAGUGGCGGCAGCCUGUUCUUUGGGUGAGGCGGCAGAUGCUCGGCCUUGGUUUUUUGGCGGCUAGGCGGUGGUGGGCUUCCGACGAAGUUGAAAGA